AUGGUCUGUCUUUACACGGCUUGUGGGAUCAGAAUCUCCGAGCUGACGCUCAAGAUGGUCCUCAAGAUGGUGCUUCAUGUGCCCUCUGAGGAGAGCAGUCUUGUUCGUGGGCUUGAGUUGCGGUACCUUAUCAGUUGCACAUUUGUGGUUCUCAUAGCCUAA